CGCGUUUGACAGAGGGGGGCGGGGCCUGCAGAAUGUAGCGAAGGGCAGUAGAACCGCAACACCUGACAGUCCUAAGGAACACGUAGAGAGACAGUGGAGCUGUAACAUUAAAGGAGCAACCGUUUAACGCAGUGAAGUCCAUCAGUGCGGCGUCCUUGAAGAUAUAUAGAAAGUUUGGUAACCAUGGCUUUGGAUGGAUGUGGACAGGUGUGCAAAUUCAUGCUCAUCAUUUUCAACAUAUUGUUUCUGCUGGCUGGUCUUGUGAUGUUUUGUGGGGGUUUAUAUCUGAGGUUCAGCGCUGAAGGACCAUACAACAUGGAUUUAAAAACGAACCACUUCAUUGUUGUGGUAUCAGUGCUGAUAGUGGUUGGAGCUGUGCUUCUGCUCACUGCAAGUGCAGGAGAUUGUGGCUCCUGCAGUGAAAAUAAAACAGCACUGGGUGUGUACACCAGCCUGCUGACCUGUCUAGCUAUACUGGCCGUCAUUGCUGGUGUCCUGUCCUUCACUAACAUCAGAGAGUUUUCUAGCCACUUAGGUGAAUUUUACGCCACCGUUUACGCCCAGUAUCUGAUUAAGAAAGACUGGAUCCGCUCCAUCAUCCUCAAACUGUUCCAUAACACUUUUGACUGCUGUGGAUUAGGAGGCACUGUGCAGACAAUCCUGCAGGAGACUGAUACCUGUCCUCAGAGGUACUCACUGCUGGGAAUAUCCAUAUCCACCUCCACUAGCUGCGUGACUGCGAUCCUGGUUGACCUGCAGGCAUCCACAGUUCUGGGAGUAUUUCUGGGCAUUGCUGGUGCCAUGAUUGUGGCUGUAGUGUGCGCUUCUGUCAUCUGGCACCAAUCCUCUCACUCCAUCUCUUCACCUCCCCCCUACGUCAUUCUCUCUUCCUCCAUUCCUCUCACUCCCUCCCCUUAUCACUCCUCUUCUUCCCCUCUCACUGACAGCGCUGAAGAUGUCUGACUUACUAGAUCUUUCCAACCUAAAGCCACUCUCCCACUCACUCGUUUAAUCUACACUCUGUCCACCUCAGGCUUUGCUUUCAUUGUGCUGGUGAUAUCAUCCCUGUGGAGCACUGGACUAGUUGUAGGCUGUGUCUGAAUAGUUCCUGUCUGCUUUCCUUGAUUUUGCUUGAUUAGUCAGCUCUGCCAGUAUAUUUAGUUAGGCCAUGGACUACAGAUCAGGCAAAAUCAAGGAGAGCAGAUAGGAAAGUAGACGCAGCUGUAGAACCGCACUGUUCUCUCUUUUUUAUACCACUUAACCUUGAACUAAUUUCUUUAACAAUAAACUACUAAAACAAACCUUCAACUUUGACCAGAAAUUACUAAAACAUCUUUAACCAAAAAGUACUAAUACGCUUUUAACUUUAACAAAAUAACUACUAACAAUCUUUAAAUGGUACAUAUUCUACAUGCUUGUAUUUUUUGUUUUCCCCCACAGGUCCACUUGGAAUUUUUGUAGGGCUCAAAUAAAAGUGUUUUCAAUGAAUCAGCUGAGUAAUUAAUUGGCAAUUUAAAUGAUAAACAGGUUUCUGCAGGCUCAUUAUCCUCUUUAUGAGGAUUCUUCAUAAUGAUGAACUAUUAGCACUCGAGGCACUUUUAUGUGCGUCACUGAAUUUUUUACAAACUGCACAUGUGUAAAAUAAACGUAAAUGUUUGCUGUUACACAUUGCCUAUGUAGGACAGUAAAAAUGUACUUUUUUUUUUAAAAUAGGACUAGACUGAACAUCUACUCCAAAAAUAUUCAUUUAGCUUUUACCGAAGCUGAAGUAAAAUGGCAAAAUACAAAGAAUAUUCCUGUUACAAACAUCAGAUGUUUUAAAUGUCUGUUUUUAUUUAGAGAUGGCCUGUGCAAUAUUAAACUCUGUGUGAGAGGUCUGUAUACACCACUUUUAGCUUGACUCUAAAAUAAUAUUGAAUAGUGGCUUUUGAAAUUAGCAUUAUUUUGUGUUAAAUAAACUAACUGCUAGACGGUUGUGCUACUUUAUAAAUAGUUUCUGCAUUGAAUACUACUAUAUAAAGUAAUGUUUAUUUAAAUUUGCUGAUCCCUGCAAAAAUUAAGAAUGUAUUUUAAUUGUGCCUUAUUCAAAAGCCACUCAGAGCUGAAACACUCAUUGUAACUUAUAACGUGAAUGGGUGGUGCAACCUUUAGACCUCUCACAAACCUAUUACUUUUAUCUCUCUCUCUCACACUCUCUCUUAGCUGGUGGCAGUGGGCUGCAGUAUUCUGAUGUACAACAGUGUAAAGAAGAGCACGCACUAUUCACACCCGAUUUCCUACUACUGACCUUCUGCUGAAAAUCAGGGCUGCAUGACGCCUCCACGCUUCUUCUCUUGCUCUUCUUUCUCCUUGUCUUUCUUCUCUUAGAAGUACACCAAGCAGCAUGAUCCCAAUGUGCCAAAAAUUGCAGCUGAGGAGGACUUUGUUGUACAUUACACUUACAUUCCUAACUGAAGUACACCUGCCUGCUGGUUCUGCAUCUGCAGUUACUCUUAA